AUGCUUGUGGGCGGGAGUCAGCGCCGGUGCAAUCAGCGGGAAGGCAUCGAGACGGACGCGGGCUGACGCUGCACUGUUUGCGGGAGGAGGAGGCGCGACGAGUCGGCGUGGGGCUUCGGUGCUCGGUGAGCGAGGAGGGCAAGCGUGCAGACUUUUAACCUGACCCUGCUUUGCUACAUCGGCCCACGGAGAGAGAAGUCGCCCCACGCGUGGAGGAGACGAUGAGUGGAAACAUCUGGGCGAGGCAUACUUCUUCUUCACUGGACGACAAGCUUCCACUCGGCCGAGCCGCUUUUGUAUUUCCUCGCUGAAUAUCGUGUGGACAUUUUGGAUUCCCCCCCCCCCCCCCCCACACCUCUCCUCCUCCGACUUGAAACCAGUAUAUUUUUAGCCCCACUCCUGUCCAUUUUUUAAAAGCAUUCUUUUACGUCCAAGUGUGACUUUUAAUAACUUUAACACAUCUUUUUUUUUUUUUUUUUUUUUUUUUUUAAAUACCGAUAUGAACCCCCUCGGCUAGUUUGGAGUCGUACGUGGGGGGGGGGGGGCUAGCUGUUAGCGUCGUUAGCUCGAAACCAGUCAGUACCGUCGAGCGAUGCUGACUUCUUUAGCCGACUGAAUGCCCUCCUCUCGGCGUCAAAUUGGAGUGUAAUCGUGUGUGGACAUCACGGUGGACAUAGUGACGCCUGGAAGUCAUCAAGUUCUCCCUUUUGUUCCUUUUUAUAAUUCUUCGUUCAUCUUGUUCCAGUUUUUGUUCUUGUUCUUCGUAAAGAACAAAAUUUCUAUUUCUUCUUUUUAUAGUUCUUAUUCUUUCUUUCUCAUGUUCUUGUUGUUAUUGUUUGCAUUCUUUUUAUUCUUGUUUUUUCUUUUUCUCCGUCACAUUCAUGUGCGUUUUCAGUUUCUGACCAAUCCACUAAUAAGAUUAGCCAGUGUCAUUGAAUCCAUUUAAGAUUGGUGGAGAACGCGGGGCUAAUCUGCGACCUCAGUGUUUGGGAAUGUGUAGGAAAACUCCGCAGGAACACGGAAGACCUUCUGCUUCACUGGAGGCCCGCUGGAAGAGUUUUUGUUUGUUGUGACAGCGUGAAACCCUCCACCUUCGCACCCCCUCCUUGCAAGCAAACGCCGACUGGCGUCCGGCCACCGGGAUCCAAAAAGUUGACCCGCUUGAAUUAACCCCUGACCAAAGAGGGCGGACACGUGUUGCAUCUCCACUGGGGCGAAGAAGCCUCCAUCCAGCUGACGUCUGCUAUCCCAUAAUACUUGGACGUUGUCAACGGCAUAGCUUCAUUUUGGAUGUUUGAUUCCUUUUAACAGCGAUAGCGUUGAGUCUGCGUAGCACUGUGAAGGAUUAGUUGGCACUGCGGCCGCACAGCCAAGAGGUUCUGGGUUCCAAAUCUCCAUUGCAGCCUCUUUUGUUUAGUUUGAUUGAAGACUGAAGAGCAAGUCUUUGGUAUUUACAAAAAGUUCGGUUCAUCGAUGUUGACAGAAACAUACAUCAGGUUCUUUGAUGACUCUAACUGGUCUUUGAUGUUUACAAAAAUAUGUCCGUUAGGUUCAUUGACGAAGUCGUUGGUGUUGAGAAAAACUCAUACGUUAUGUUAAUUAAAUAUUCCGAAUGGUCUUUGUUUGUAAAAACCUGUAUGUUAGGUACGUUGAAACAAAUGGUCUUUGCUUAUAAAAUAACUCAACCGUUAGGUUAAUUGAGGAAUCUAAAUAGUUUUUGAUGUUUAUGGAAACAUGGACUCUAAAAGGUCUUUGGUAUCAGAAAUGUUAGCUAGGUUGAGGAUUCAAAAUGGUGUUUUAAUGUUUACAAAAACUCAUACAUUAGGUUCAUUGAGGACUAAAUGUUCUGAGGUUUAUCAAAACGUACCUUAGGUUUGUUGAGGACUCUUAAAUUGUCUUGGAUAUUUAUAGAAAUGUAUGUGAUGUUCACUGCGGAUUAAAUGGUCUUUGACGUUUACAAAAACUUGCAUGCAGUUUUUGAGGACUGUUUUUGUCUUGAAAUCUAUCGAAACGUGAGGUUGAUUCUUCAUUGAGGACUCUAAAACGGUCUUUAACAUUUACAAAAACGUACGUUAGGUUUGUUAGGGACUUUGCAUUGUCUUUUUUAAUAAUGUAAGUGAGGUUCAUUGACGACUACAUUGUCUUUUAUGUCUGCAAAAAACACGUAAAUAUUUUCUAAAGCAUGUAUGUUUUGGUUCAUUGAGGAAUCUAAAUUGUCUUAAGUUUUUUUUUUGGGAGACAUUGAUGACUGCAUGUUCUUUGAAGACUAAAUUGUUUUAGUAUACAACGCGUGCGUAAGGUUCGUAGUUGUGAUGAAACAGCACGAACAUAUCGUAUCAGAAUCAGCUUUGUAUCAGGAGUAAUAUGAAAAAAAUUAUCACAAUUAUCAGUAUUACAAUAUUAGUAAAACAAAUGUAAACCCCCCCCAAAAAAUGCAGAUACAUACUGAAAGUCUUUUGCAACAUGUUAUUUUGAAUACAAAGUCUGUACAUCAAACAUACUUCCUGUUUACAUCUUAAUAUGAGAAGAGAGCGAUGUCACGUGACUUCCUGUGAGACGAUAUGGAUUUUUAUUUUUUUAACCAUGUUUUUUUAGACCGGCGAAAGUCGAUAUCCUCGUCAAAGUGGAUUAUUUUACUAUUUAUGCUUAUUUUCAUCUAAGCUAUUCAUGGGAACCCUUACAGGCUUACUUCCCUGCCAGUGACAUGUUGAAAGAAGUUCGAGUGAGAAGUGAAAUCACAAAAAAGACAGAGCAUUAGCGCGCUGGCAUGUUUCGCUUCAUUGCUUCCUCCAGAGACUGUCGUCAUAUGGGGAAUAAAAAAGAGAAACAAACCAUUGAGUGUGACGAGGCAAUUAAAACGUAAUACAAAAUGCUAGACCAAAAAUAAUGGACAGACAACACACAAAUAUAAAAUAAACUGCAAAACAAUUGGAUACAUAAAAACUGCAGAAAUAUUAUAAAAUAAAAUAAAAACUACAUGAUUAAAAAGUAUUAGAAAAAUAUGAACGCAUUAGAAAGAAAAAAAAAACUAAACAUAAAAAUUACACAAGUACUAGCAGAUGCUACAAAAAUAUUUUUAAAAUAUUAAAACCAUCAAAUAAUUCAUACAAAAAUGUUUAUUAAUUCCAAAUAUUCAUACAAAGAAAAAUACAAACAUAUUACAUAAAAACCAUAAAUACUGUAGACAAAAACUACAAAAUUAUUAGAAGAAACAACAAAAUAUUAUUGAAGAAAUACAUAAAACAAAUGCAAAUAGAUGAAAAACACAUGGAUUAGAACUCUACAAAAAUAUUAGAUGAAACCCAAUUAUUAGAAUAAAUAAUAGAUUAAAACCUCACAAUAUUAGACAAAGUGCAAAAUAUUCGAAGAAACUACAGAAAUAUAAAAAAAAAACUUUCAAACAAUUACAUAAAAAUGAGAGGCAAUAUUUUAGAAAUAGGAAGACCUUUUGAAAAUAAAAAAAGAUUGGACAAAUUUACAGUAAAAUAUACAGAAGAAUAAAAACUAAAGAUGAACAAUACAAAAUAUUAGUUUGAGACUACCAAAAUAAGAAAAUAUAAAAUGUUCGAAAAGUAUACAAAAUAUUAGAUAAAAUAACCUAAAAGUAUUAAAGCUAUGCAAAUAUUAGAAAAAAAAUGACUAGAAAACAAAUGUAUUGCAAAAAUGAAAUGAAGGCUAUUGGGAAAAAAAAAAAAAUUUAGAUUGAAAAUGAAAAAAAACAUGAAAGAUUAUGACUAGCUAGUAGCUGCUCUUUGGGAUAUGCUAGAUUUAGUUGUGUCGGGGUAACAUUUAUUCUCAUAAAUUAUGGGUGAUUAUUUCUCUGUCCAUGUCGCCUGUCCGUACAAGCAGAAUGAUCAACAGCAGAUGAUCGGCAUUGAAUAAGUCAUCCAUCUGUGACAUUAGUUCUCCUGUGACCCAGUUAGAACAUCGCACUGGUCUCUGUUAUGUAAAAAAAAAAAAAAAAAAAUCUCAUCCAAGCAAAGUAAAAGUGUUACUUUUACUUUGCUUGGAUGUUAAAGUGUUACUUUUACUUUCAUGACAGGUUUAGUGACUUCAAAUUGACCUACAAGUGAACCCCACACGGACAGCAUUUGAAAAUCUUUGCAGUAUUUUUGUGUUCGUGGUGAAGAGGAAGUGGAGCAGAAGCUGACGAGUGUUUGUGGCUGAUUGGGGCGACGUGAUGAAUAAGCGAGAAUGUUUCUCGCUCGCCGGCUUCUUUUGUCUCGACCAAGGCUUUGCACUGUAGCGCCAUUGUGAGGCUACCUGCUAGCGGCCUCUUGUUUGCCCGCGUCAGCUGGCGAGCCGAGACGCAUCGGCCGUGUUUUUCCCAGCCAAACGCAGCGAUGUCAUUUGAGACGGUGUUUUAGCAAACACGCUUUGAAGAAAUAUGGCCAUCUCGUGAUGACAAAAAUCUCAGUACGUACCCUAAUUUUAAGGUUAAUGGUUUGGUUAAAGUUGGGUACAGUAAUGGAACAAAAUAUAUUUUUUUGUUAAAUCCGAUCUCUUUAUGUUGUCGUUCACAUUACCAAGAGCAAAUGCAACUUCAAACGUGGACGAAUGAGUCCGUGACGUCGCACGUACGCGCACAAAAGCCAGCGCCACAUUGCAUUAAUUAGUUGUUGCUGCUGGUUUUGUUACCGACCAACGCCCGCCCAGGCGCUUGAGUUCUAAAUGCGAAGUGCCUGAGGAUGUCGAAGCGCAGCUUCUUCGUUCGCCUGGUGCCAUGCCGCUGCUUGCGUGGCGAGGAGGAGGCGGUGACGUCUCUGGACUACUCUCACUGCAGCCUGGAGACAGUGCCCAAGGAGAUCUUCAGCUUUGAGAAGACGCUGCAGGAGCUCUUUCUCGAUGCCAACCAGAUUGAAGAGCUGCCCAAACAACUGUUCAACUGCCAGCUGCUCCAGCGACUGAGCAUGCCCGACAACGACGUCACCGUGUUGCCCCCCGGCGUCGCCAACCUCGUCAACCUCAGGGAGCUUGACGUCAGCAAAAACAGUAUUCAGGAGUUUCCCGAGAAUAUCAAGAACUGCAAAAUGCUCACUAUUGUGGAGGCCAGCGUCAAUCCCAUCUCAAAGCUGCCCGAUGGUUUCACCCAGCUCAUGAGCCUGAGCCAGCUCUACCUGAACGAUGCCUUCCUGGAGUUCCUUCCAGCGAGUUUUGGCAGGCUGACUAAGCUGCAGAUUCUGGAGCUGAGAGAGAACCAGCUGAAGAUGUUGCCAAAGAGCAUGCAGAAGCUCACGCAGCUGGAAAGGUUGGACCUGGGCAGCAACGAGUUCACUGAAGUGCCUGAGGUACUGGAGCAGUUGACCGGAAUCAAGGAGCUCUGGAUGGACGGAAACCGGCUGACGUUCUUGCCAGGGAUGCUGGGCACGCUCAAGCAGCUGCUCUACCUGGAUGUGUCCAAGAACAACCUGGAGAUGGUGGACGAGCAGAUCUGCGGCUGCGAAAGUCUGCAGGACUUGCUGCUCUCCAAUAACGCCCUCACCCAGCUACCAGGCUCCAUUGGCUCACUGAAGAAACUGACAGCUCUGAAGGUGGACGAGAACCAACUAAUGGAGCUUCCGGACUCCAUUGGAGGGCUCACCUCUCUAGACGAACUGGACUGCAGCUUCAACGAGAUCGAAGCCUUGCCAGCGUCCAUCGGUCAGUGCGCGGCCAUGCGCACCUUCGCCGCCGAUCACAACUUCCUCAGCCAGCUUCCCCCUGAGAUGGGCAACUGGAAAAACGCCACCGUGCUGUUCCUGCACUCCAACAAAAUGGAGUCACUGCCGGAGGAGAUGGGGGACAUGCACAAGCUGAAGGUCAUCAAUCUGAGCAACAACAAGUUGAAGAACCUCCCCUACAGUUUCACUAAGCUGAGCCAAAUGACGGCCAUGUGGUUGUCUGAAAAUCAGUCCAAACCCCUGAUCCCACUGCAGAAGGAAGAGGAUCCCGAGACCCAGAAAACCGUACUAACCAACUACAUGUUCCCGCAGCAGACCAGAACCGAGGACUACGUUCCCAACUCCGACUCUGAAAGCUUCAAUCCAGCCCUGUGGGAGGAACAGCGUAAGCACCGAGCUCAGGUGGCAUUCGAGUGCGACGAGGACAAGGACGAGAGGGAAACCCCCCCGAGGGAGGGCAACCUGAAGCGCUAUCCCACGCCGUAUCCCGACGAGCUGAAGAACAUGGUGAAGACGGCUCAGUCGGUGGCGCACCGGCUCAAGGAAGACGAGUCGAACGAAGAGUCGGGCAGAGACCCCAAAUCCCCCGCGGAGAGGAACCACAUUGGCGUGCAGGACGUGGGAGUCAAGGUGAUAGAAGCCCCACACCCUAAUGGCCUGGCGUCAGACUUAGGAGGCAACGCUUGCAACGCAACCUUCAACAUCCAAAACAUCCCAGAAGCAGUAUGUAGGGAAAUAGAGUCUGAGUCCUUCAGCUCCCAGCAAGUACCACUCAAAUCAUCAGAGAGUUCCACCAUAAACCAUGAGGACACGCUGGAGGACUCGGAGGAGCUUUCUGACGAAGAGGAGGAGAUGAAGAUUGCCGAGAUGCGGCCGCCUCUGAUCGAGAUUUCCAUCAACCAGCCCAAAGUGGUGACGCUGAGUAAGGACAAAAAAGACGACAGCAAGGAUGCGGACUCGUUGCUGGACGACACGGUAGCCAACAGCAACCAGAACAACAGCAACUGCUCGUCGCCAUCACGCAUGUCAGACUCUGUGUCGCUGACCACCGACAGCAGUCAAGACAACUCCCUAUGCACCCCCGAGAGGGAGGCCAAGAUGCCCUUCCUGCCCAAGAGCAGACACGAGGAUGAGAACAUGAACCCCUCCAAAGACACCGGCGGGCUGCUGCACAACGGCAACAGCUCGGAAACGUCACUCCAGGCGCUCCUGAGGGCCCAGCAGAGUGCCACGGGGGGUGACUAUGACCUGUCCAUGGAAGCACGACUAGCUUUCAUUGAGAAGGGACUGAACAACGGCCUGGGAGACAGUUACACCAAGUGGGACCAGAUCAACAUGAACGUGUCGCACCCGCCGACAGACAAUAUGGUGGAGCCUCAGAUUGGUUCAGUGGGACGGGGGGAAGUUGACGCCAAGCGGGGUUUUGACAACCACCAUUUCCAGAACGGAAACCAGCAGGUCAGCGACGGGUCCUCACCCAGCGGCGAGAUCUCUCGCAGCACUGAGGAGCUGUCCCCGGAGAGGAGGUGCCACCCCCUUCAGGUGAGCAAGUCUCAGAGUGUCAGCAACAUUGAAGCGGGCAGCAUGAAGCUGUACUCAUUUGACGGCGACGCCACGGCAGAGAGUAGGAUAGUGGGCGGCAGCUGCCCUACUCCAGCGUCCACGGCUCAGACCCAGAGUAUCGUGAGGAGCAAGUCUGCGUCCUUGCUCAACGACCAAAAUCUCCAAGUCUGUCCGAGCUCGGACCUGCUAUCUUCCUCCAAACCGCCUACCAGCACAAGCAGGUACCCAGCGCCCUCCAGUGGGGCCAUAGGCACCUCCCCUCCUCAGUACAACAUCCAGUACUCAAGCAAAGACGGCAUGUGGGCCCAGAGAACGCCCAUGCCCCCAGAACACCAAGGCUACCUCCCUCCUGCCGCCCAGUCACUCGCCAACAUCAACUACUCCAAUCGCAAUCAGGCUCCCCCAUAUCCACUGCAGCCCCAGCAAAGAGGGCCCCCCAUGGGAUCCAAACCUCCAGGGGACAUGUGGGCAAAGGACCGACUCCACUCUACCACCAACCAGCCCAGUGGAGGCGCGCUGCAGCGGCAGAGCAGCGCCACCUCCACCGCCUCAGUCGGCGAGCCUCGGCGCAUGCAACUGCCUGAGGGCGACUACCUGACCUACCGGGACAUUCACACCCUGGCCAGGGGCCCGCUAGCCAUGAGCCAGGCGGCGCAGCGGCCCAUCUCCACCCGCACGUACAGCAUCGACACAGCCGCUCAGGCCAGGCUGCCCAGCGUCCGGCCGCAGCCCCACGAACUCCCGGAGAGGACCAUGUCGGUCAGCGACUUCCACUACCCACAGGGCAGCCCCAGUAAGAGGCCUAAUGUUAGGGUCAAAUCGGAGCACUCGCUCCUGGACGGGCCGGGGCUGGUGUCGGGUGCGCCAGGAAGGGUGCCGGCCGACUGGAGGGACCAGGUGAUGCGGCACAUUGAGGCCAAGAAGAUGGAAAAGAACGCGCUGUCCCGCUCCUUUAAUUCCCAUAACGCUCCGCUCGGCUGCUCGCCGCACCGCUCCUGCUAUUACGGCAGCUGUAGGGACGUGUUCAGGCCCUACACCUCCUUCAGCGACGAUGUGUUUGGGCCACCGGGGCAGCAGAGCUACACCAUGGACUCCCGCAGAAAAGUGCCUCUAAUGAACGGUCAGGUGGUCUCGUCGGCUCGUCCUCACGUGAGUCAGACGUCCAUGGCCCGCCACGCCUCCAGAGAGCAGCUGAUCGAUUACUUGAUGCUCAAAGUCUCCCAGCAGGCCUCGGGGCCUAUGCGGCCGCCACACGAGAUCCAUGUGAAGGUAGAGAAAAAUCCGGAACUUGGUUUCAGUAUAUCCGGAGGAGUGGGAGGUCGCGGAAACCCAUUUCGUCCAGAUGACAAUGGGAUCUUUGUGACAAGGGUCCAGCCUGAGGGUCCAGCAUCCAAUAUUCUUCAGCCCGGUGAUAAAAUUAUCCAAGCGAACGGCUACAGCUUCGUGAACAUCGACCACGGGAACGCCGUUUCCCUUCUCAAGACGUUCCCCAGUACUGUGGAUCUGACAAUCGUGAGAGACGUGCAAGCGUAAAACGGCGACGGGGGGAAAGAACCGGGAGAUUUAUUUUUUUACACGAUUGCGGGGGAGGGGGAACGCCACUUUGAAUGUAAGCGUGUUGACGCGGUGAUCACAUGGGUCAUCACUGUGCUUUCUAAAAAAAAAAAUUUCUACGAAAAAUAAAAGCUCCCCUUUUGUGCGUGACCACUAAGGAGCAGGACACCCCUCAUUUUUGCCUUUUAUUUUUUUAUUUUUUUUUAUUUUUUAUUUUUUUUAAUAAAUAAGAAUUUUGGAGCAGUAGGACAGUGUUACAUGCUUGGAGUGUGAACAUGAAUGUGCGAGAAGUUCAGACGCUCGGCCUAACUGCUUUUAUUCCACAAUGUGGCCGUUGUUCCACACGACCAAAAGCAAGGAUGGCGGGGGAAAAAACAAGUCUCCUCGAGUAAGAGCGGGUCCACAUUUCAUCUUUUUCUUGCCAUUUUUUCCAAAGUUUCUUCACACAUUCAUUUGGGAGAGCACCACUCUUGCCUUUUUGUGCGCAUUCCUGUUGAUUUGACUCAUGGGGAGAGAAGCAAGUGCCAUAAGAAGACCUUGAACUGUUUCAAUGAGCAAUAUUCACACUUUGCAGCAAUAAAGCCUUUUUUUUUUUCCCCACAUUAGAUUUUUUUAAAUACCCCUUUUAGUAACACCACCGAUUAUUUUAUAUAUGGACAAGAGUUUUGUAAUGAAAUAGCACAUAAAAUCUAUAUAUUGUAUGUAUAGAAUAGUGUGAAGAGUCUGUGUUUUGUGGAUAUGUGUGUCACUUUUUAUCAAUUACAUGUUUGUUAACAUCAUAUGAGUUUUAAGUUGACAAUGGGCUGGCAAUUGAUGAAACGAUGAGCAUGUUCCACAUCUUGUGUUUGUUUGAAAUUGUGACGUUAAUAUUCAUGUCAAACUGUCGUCUUUUUGUAGACAAUCUUGGGAAAUUAGUGGUGGUCGUCCAUGUGGAUCUGUUUGGAAUGCUCACGUCUUAUUUAUUUUUAGCAGGCCAAACCUGUGUUAUAUUUUUUAGACAUUACUAAUCAAAAAGUGUAAAUAUAUACGCACACAGCAUUUUUUUUAAAAUUGUACAACCAGCAAUAACAAGUUCCAAUGCAGAAAGAGACAGCAUCUGUGUUCACAUGUAGCGAGUGUAUUUCUAUGUCUUGACCACAGACGUGCAUCCACGCGACAUUCCAGAUUUUGUACAUAACUAACCAUUUCUGGCGUAAAACCUGUGGAAAAUAAACCAAUGCCAUUUCACA